AAAAUCUUUAACUUUUUAGGGUUUGAGCUCUGUCUCGAUCUUUCGUCUUUAGAUUUGGCUUUUUUCUUCUUGAUGAGACCUCUUCUGCAAGAUCCUCGUGAUUCCACUUUAACGCCUCCCUUCUUCUUUUUGUUUUUAAACAUCUCUGAAAAUAUUCAAAGUAUCAUUUACUAUUAUUUAUAUCCCCUUUUAAAUGUUUCAUUUCCCUUCAAACUUCUCCAAAGUUCCUAAAACUUUUUUCUCAGCUAUGAACAGCGACGGAGUCUGGCUCAACGACGCCGUAGAACGUUCUCAGGCGAGCUACAACGAUGAGCCUAGUACGUGGGUUAAAAACCCAGAAGAAAACUGGUUUAAUAACACACAACCACCACCACACGAUGCUUCUCAAAACAGUGGUGGGUUUCACUUAAACCCUUCAGAGAAUCUCCUCUUCCUUCUUCAGCAAUCCAUUGACUCCUCAUCUCCUUUACAACACUUAACACUCGGUUCUGCUACCCCUCAACAACAACAAGAACAAUCUUUCUUAGCUACAAAAGCUUGCAUCGCUUCUCUCCUCAACGUCCCUCCCAACAACCCUUUUGAUGACUUUGGUUUCGACUACUCUGCGAUUUUAGGACAACUCCACACACCAAACUCAAUGAGUUUCCCUGUAAUGACUUCACCAACACCGGACUUCCUCCCCUCCCGGUCAUGCAAUGUCUUCAGCCCUCUGGAGUUUGAGGGACUCGCUAGUGGCGUUUUCGAGAACAGAGCUAAUAAGGUUCUGAAACCUUUAGAGGUUUUGCCUUCCUCUGGUUCUGAGCCGACACUGUUCCAGAAACGAGCUGCAAUGCGUCAGAGUUCGAGUAGCAAAAUGUGCAACUCUGACUCUUCUUCUUCUGAGAUGAUGAGGAGAUCAAGGAGCUACGAGAGAGAGGUUGUUGUUGUUGAUGAGACUAGUACUGGUUUGAACUAUGACGAGUCUGAUGAGCAUAAUUACAACAAAGGGAAUAAGAAGAAAGGAAUGCCUGCUAAGAAUCUAAUGGCUGAGAGAAGGAGGAGGAAGAAGCUUAAUGAUAGGCUUUACAUGCUCAGAUCAGUUGUCCCCAACAUCAGCAAAAUGGAUAGAGCAUCUAUACUUGGUGAUGCUAUUGAUUAUCUUAAAGAGCUCUUACAGAAAAUCAAUGAUCUUCAUACCGAACUUGAAUCUACUACUCCAUCAAGCUCUUCAGGCUUAACACCGUCACCACAGACACUACCUUACCGUGUUAAGGAAGAGUUGACUCCUCAUUCUUCCUCCUUGCCAAGCCCUAAAGACCAGCAAGCAAGAAUUGAGGUUAAGUUAAGGGAAGGAAAUGCAGUGAACAUUCACAUGUUCUGUGGAAGACGGCCUGGUCUUUUACUUUCCACCAUGAGAGCUUUGGAUGACUUAGGAUUAGAUGUUCAGCAAGCCGUGAUUAGCUGUUUCAAUGGUUUUGCUUUGGAUGUUUUCCGUGCUGAGCAAUGCAAAGAUGGUCACGAGGUGUUGCCUGAACAAAUCAAAGCAGUGCUUCUAGACACAGCUGGUUACUCUGAUUUGCUUUGA